UUUAUAUUUGAUGCUCCUUGCUGACAUACUUCAGAUGAUUCAUGAUCAUGAAGUAUUGUGGUUUGUUUUGCAAGAAGGAAGUUCUGAAUCUGCUUGUCGAUGUAGCGAGCCGAACAACACAGAUAUAAUACCCUCAUCAUGAGUUUAUCUUCCCUCAGGAAGAAAGUUGGUAAUUUCAUUGCUGGAGAAGAUAGCAGUAGGCCAGGUCAAGAAAACCAACAACAGGCGGGACAUUAUAGCGACAAACACCACACCCCUUUGCCGUCAGACUGGCAGCCUUAUCCGGGCCUGAGAUUCAGUUUUCACUUUAUUACUGUAGAUGUCACUAAUGUACAACAGCAUGCAAUACUUGGAACUUCUGUCGUCACUUCUGAUAUCACUUCCAAAUAUGGAGAACUCUCUGGCCCCUACAGCCAAGGGUUUAUCCUAGAGACCUUCAAGUCUGUCCCAGGGGUUGGGAAGAUUGGCUGGAAUGCUAGUGAGAGCCCAUAUCAGGCUGUUUUCAGUCGGCCUUAUGGUGCUCAGGUGCAUCACAGCUGGCAGCUGCUUGUUGUCAAGGCCAGCAUCCACACGGUGGAACAGGCCGGCUUUUUGAGUCAACUUAGUGGGCGGACUCAUGAUGUGACCAACAAGUCAAGCAUUGUUAAUGCAAUAGCUCAGCAAGCAGCUCGAGGGGGGCGUCUUGUUUGUGUCGAGUUAACUGGCCAAGUCCAAGGGCAGGGUAUCUCUGGAAGCCUCGCCCGCAGGAGUGAAGCGAUGGGCUGUGAUGUGUUUUUCAACCUUCCACUCCAUCCUAAUCCUGUUACCUACACAUAUCAAUUGGUGAACAUCCCUGUCCAGGUCAUGUACCUUGGACCAGGGAAGAUGGUCAAAGUGACCUGUGAAUGGAUGAAGCAUUUUGCAUGGCAUUUGCAACAGGGAUGGAAGCUUGCUGAGAUCUUCUGGGACCAAGGAAAACGAAGUCAUGGAGAUUUCACAUUGUCCGGAGACCAUAAUUCUGUGUGGUUCUUUGAGAAAGAAAGUGCAAGAGCCAGUGAUCCCACACCUGUGUAUGAAGGGGUCAUCAUUGAAUACAAACACACUGUGAAGAUUGGAUUUUUUCAAACAAAGGCCAAAGGAGACUGGGGCCCAAUGAUCAGCGAGAUGGGGAGCAGGGGCUGGGAACUAGCCUGCAUGCUAGAGACUCCAGAGGUCACAAACAUUGGCCUUGGGAACAUUACAUUCAAAAUCCUGUUCUUCUUUCAAAGACGAAUCCUACAAGGGCAACCACCCCCAGGGACUUACUAUCCCCCUCCCCCUCAGGGUAAUUACAACCAGUACCCAGUCCCUGGUGGGCAGAAUUAUGCAGGAGCCCCACCACCCCCCUACUACCCACCACAGGAAUACCAAGCACCUCCUCCUUAUAACCCAAAUUCUCUAGGUAAACCUAGUGCCCCGCCUCAUCCUGAGAAGUUUUAGCAGCUUCACCUGUAAGCAGCCCUAUGCGAGGAAUGCCUUUGCCAUUGGCUAUCAAAUGAGCUCUAUAGUAUAGAAUAAGUAUCAGGUAUCAGUUGACAAUACACCAAAAACUGGUAUUGAUAGGCUUGGAUUGUUCCAUUGUUUUGGCUAUGCACCUGCAAUUCAAGACAGCCAUAGACCAUCCCUUGGUUCUAGGGAAUUGUGAUGAAAUCAAACUUCUAUUCUAUUUUUCUUAAUGUUUUUGUUCCACUUGGCUUGAGUCUUUGAGUCCCAAAGGAUGACCAGGGAAUUUAAAUUUCUGAUUGCUGGGGGGUGAACAUACAGGCAAGUGUCCAGGAUUGGCUAACAGAUUGUGCAGCCAUAGAUAUCAUAUUAAAAAUAUACAUAUUUGACAAUCCUUUAAUAAGAAAUGACCCACUUUUUGGUGGUCAGAGUGGUGUGGGCACCCAAAUUGCUAUGCACCUGAACAUAUGCCCUGGCUGUGGACUUUGACCCCAUAGACUACUCAUGAAAUAAAGAAAUUAUUGAAAUUAUUAUACCACCAAUUAACAUGGAAAAUCUAUGAAGUACUGUUAAUGCUUGUCUUAGCUUUGAAAUAUUGCCACCACUUGAAUGCUAAAAUAAGCAAUUAUAUGGUAUAGAGGCUCUAUAAAUUAUAGUAGUACUAAAAUAAAAGAAUGGUAAAUUUUGACCUCUA